CCAGCCCAGCCCAGCCCCGCCAGCCGGCGAUCAUGGAGAAGUAAGUUGGUGCCUUCGGAGCUCGCGGUCAGCCCCAGGCUCGAGAGAGAGGAGCACCCCCCAGAUCCCGCCGGGUCUGGCAGCCGGACCGAACCGCCCGGGAUCAUGGCGCCGGCAUGGCAGCCCCUGCCCCGAUUCCUCACCCAGGCUGUGCUGGCUUCCGUCCUCCUGGCUGAGAACUUCUCCCAGGCGGGAGCCUUGGAGACGGUGCCGGAAAGCAACGUGAGCUGCCAAGGGUCCAACACGUGCCAUCCGGGGGUGCUGCUGCCCGUCUGGCAGCCGGACAACCCCUCCUUCGGCGACAAAGCUGCUCGGGCCAUUGUCUACUUCGUGGCCAUGAUGUACAUGUUCCUGGGGGUCUCCAUCAUCGCCGACCGCUUCAUGGCCUCCAUCGAGGUCAUCACCUCCAAGGAGAAGGAAAUCACCGUCACGAAGGCCAACGGCGAGACCAGCAUCGGCACAGUGCGGAUCUGGAACGAGACGGUCUCCAACCUGACCCUGAUGGCGCUGGGCUCCUCCGCACCCGAGAUCCUGCUCUCUGUCAUCGAGGUGUGUGGGCACAACUUCCAAGCUGGGGAGCUGGGGCCCGGCACCAUUGUGGGCAGCGCCGCCUUCAACAUGUUCGUGGUGAUCGCCAUCUGCGUUUACGUCAUCCCCGCCGGGGAGAGCCGCAAGAUCAAACACCUGCGGGUCUUCUUCGUCACAGCCUCCUGGAGCAUCUUCGCCUACAUCUGGCUUUAUCUGAUCCUAGCGGUCAUCUCCCCUGGCGUGGUGCAGGUCUGGGAAGCUCUGCUGACGCUCGUCUUCUUCCCGGUCUGCGUGGUUUUCGCCUGGAUCGCCGACAAGCGGCUCUUCUUCUACAAGUACGUCUACAAGAGGUACCGCGCCGACCCGCGGAGCGGCAUCAUCAUCGGCACCGAAGGGGAGUUCCCCAAAGACAUCGAGAUGGAUGGCAGCUUCCUGGCCAAUGACCACCGGGAGAACAUCUUCAUGGACGGGGCGGCUUCCGCGUCCCCGGCCCUGGCCUCCUCCACCCAAGAGGAGAAGGAACUGGACGAGAGCCGCAAGGAGGUGAUCCAGAUUCUCAAGGACCUCAAGCAGAAGCACCCGGACAAAGAGCUGGAGCAGCUGGUGGAGAUGGCCAACUACUACGCCCUGCUGCACCAGCAGAAGAGCCGAGCUUUCUACCGCAUCCAAGCCACCCGCAUGAUGACCGGGGCUGGGAACAUCCUGAAGAAACACGUCUCGGAAUUCUCCAAGAAGUCGUCCAACCUUCUGGAGGCGCCGUCGGAGGCGGAGGAGGAGAACUACAGCAAGAUCUUCUUCGAGCCCUGCCUGUACCACUGCCUGGAGAACUGCGGCUCGGUCACGCUGACCGUGGCCUGCCAGCAGGGUGGGGAGGGCAACCACACCUUCUACGUGGACUACAAGACGGAGGACGGCUCGGCCAAGGCGGGCUCCGACUACGAAUAUAGCGAGGGGACGCUGAUCUUCAAGCCGGGCGAGACGCAGAAGGAGCUGAAGAUUGGCAUCAUCGACGACGAUAUCUUCGAGGAAGACGAGCACUUUUUUGUCCGACUGCUCAACCUGCGGGUGGGGGAUGCCGAGGGCAUGUUCGAGUCCGACUCGGCCGACCACCCCAAGGGGCGUCUGGUGGCCCCGCUGAUCGCUACCGUCACCAUCCUGGACGACGACCACGCCGGCAUCUUCACCUUCCAGGAUAAGCUGUUGCGUGUCAGCGAGUGCCAGGGCACCAUGGAAGUGAAGGUGGUGCGGAGCUCUGGGGCGCGGGGGACGGUGAUCGUCCCCUACCGGACAGUGGAGGGGACGGCUCGCGGAGCGGGCAUCGACUAUGAAGACGCCUGCGGGGAGCUGGAAUUCAAGGACGACGAGACAGUGAAAAGCCUGCAGGUGAAGAUUGUGGACGAUGAAGAGUAUGAGAAGAAGGACAACUUCUUCAUCGAGCUGGGGCAGCCGCGCUGGCUGAAACGGGGCAUCUCGGCUCUCUUGCUAACUCAAGCCGACGGGGACAAGAAGCUCUCGGCAGAGGAGGAGGAAGCCUGGAGGAUCGCCGAGAUGGGCAAGCCGAUCCUGGGGGAGAACUGCCGGCUGGAAGUCAUCAUCGAGGAGUCGUACGACUUUAAGAACACCGUGGACAAGCUGAUCAAGAAAACCAACCUGGCCCUGGUCAUCGGCACCCACUCCUGGAGGGAGCAGUUCCUGGACGCCAUCACCGUGAGCGCAGGUGAUGAGGAAGAGGAGGAGGACGGGCGGGAGGAGAAGCUCCCGUCCUGCUUUGACUACGUCAUGCACUUCCUGACGGUGUUCUGGAAGGUGUUGUUCGCCUGCGUGCCGCCCACCGAGUACUGGAACGGCUGGGCCUGCUUCAGCGUCUCCAUCCUGGUGAUCGGGCUCCUCACCGCCCUCAUCGGGGACCUGGCCUCCCACUUUGGCUGCACCGUGGGCCUCAAGGACUCCGUCAAUGCCGUGGUCUUCGUGGCCUUGGGCACCUCCAUCCCGGACACCUUUGCCAGCAAGGUGGCCGCCCUGCAGGACCAAUGCGCCGACGCCUCCAUCGGCAACGUGACGGGGAGCAACGCGGUGAACGUGUUCCUGGGCCUGGGCGUGGCCUGGUCGGUGGCCGCCAUCUACUGGGCCGCGCAGGGCCAGGACUUCAAGGUGCAGACGGGCACCCUGGCCUUCUCCGUCACCCUCUUCACCAUCUUCGCCUUCGUGUGCAUCAGCGUGCUCAUGUACCGCCGCCGGCCGAGCAUCGGGGGCGAGCUGGGGGGCCCCCGGCCGGCCAAGCUCCUCACCGCCGGCCUCUUCCUCGGCCUCUGGUUCCUCUACAUCCUCUUCUCCAGCCUCGAGGCCUAUUGCCACAUCCGGGGCUUCUGAGCUAGUGUCGGGGGUGGGGACGCUGCCCCCCCUCCACCGUCCCCUUUGCCCAGAGACACCGCCUGGGGGGGAGGGAAGGGGGGGGUCCUGCUCCAUCCCAGCACCCAGAUCUUUGAGUGUCCUCGUUUGUUUUUGUAGGGUCUGCGUGGAACCAGGAGCUGCCCCCCCAAUCUGUCAUGGGUGCAGCCAUUAUAUGGGGGGACGAGGCCCCCCUAAUUUUUAGCACCUCAUUGAUGUCACCUCCCCCCUAUGAACAAUACCCAUGAACAUCGGAUCUGGCACAGCCCCUACCUCCCCCCAGCUUAUAGGGGGUGCUUGGAAGUGAGCGUGACCCCUAGGGGCUGGUGAGGUUUGGGGGGAUUGGUGCGGAGUGAGGUUUGGGG